UCUCUGAUGGGCCGUGCCCAAUAACAGGUGACCAUAUCAGUGGAUGGCAUUUUGACCACCACUGGUUACACACAGGAGGACUAUACCAUGUUGGGCUCAGAUGAUUUCUUCUACAUCGGUGGGAGUCCGAACACCGCUGACCUUCCAGGAUCACCGGUCAGCAACAACUUCAUGGGAUGCCUUAAAGACGUUGUAUACAAGAACAAUGACUUCAAGCUGGAGCUGUCCCGGUUGGCCAUCGAGCGCGAUCCAAAGAUCAGUCUCCACGGUGACCUGGUGUUCCGCUGCGAGGACGUAGCAGCGCUCGACCCCGUGACCUUCGAGACACCCGAGUCGUACAUCGCACUCCCGCGCUGGGACACCAAAAAGACGAGUUCCAUCUCUUUCGACUUCCGGACGACGGAACCCAGCGGCCUGCUUCUCUUCAGUCAUGGCAAGCCACAGGGCAAUAAAGAGCAACGUCAUGGGCGUGAGCUGAAAACUGACUAUUUUGCCAUGGAACUGCUGGAGGGCUUCUUGUACCUGCUCAUGGACAUGGGCUCCGGUAGCAUCAAGCUCAAAGCCAGCAAUAAGAAGGUCAAUGACGGGGAGUGGUGUCACGUUGACUUUCAGAGGGAGGGGAGAAAAGGCUCCAUUUCAGUGAACAGCCGCACCAUGCCCUUUAACUCCAACGAGGGCAGUGAGAUUCUCGAUCUGGACAGUGACAUGUAUCUAGGUGGACUUCCUGAGUCUCGCCAGGACCUCAUCCUUCCCCCCGAGGUGUGGACGGCGUUGCUCAACUAUGGUUACGUGGGCUGCGUGCGUGACCUUUUUAUCGACGGAAAGAGCCGCGAUGUCCGCCGCUUGGCCGAGAUCCAGAGCGCUCCGGGGGUCAGCAGCUUCUGCACCCGGGAGCUCCAGAAGAGGUGCAGCAGCACCCCGUGUGGAAACGGAGGACUCUGCAAGGAGGGCUGGAACCGUUAUAUAUGUGACUGCACAGGCACCGGAUACCUGGGUAGCAACUGCGAGAUAGAGGCCACAGUGUUGAGCUAUGACGGCAGCAUGUAUCUGAAGAUCAUCAUGCCGAGCACCAUGCACACCGAGGCAGAGGAUCUGGCCCUGCGCUUUAUGUCCCAGCGAGCUUACGGCCUCCUCGUGGCCACCACCUCCAAAGAGUCUGCCGAUACGCUCCGUCUGGAGCUGGAUGGCGGACGGGUCAAACUGACCGUCAAUCUGGAUUGUAUCAGGAUAGACUGUAACCUCAGUAAAGGUCCUGAAACUCUAUAUGCUGGCCAGAAGCUCAACGAUAACGAAUGGCAUUCGGUAAAAGUGGUGCGCAGAGGCAAGAAUCUGCAGCUCUCUGUGGACAAUGUCACCACUGAAGGUCAGAUGACUGGAGCCCACACCCGCCUAGAGUUCCACAACAUUGAGACAGGCAUCAUGACAGAAAGACAGUUCAUCUCCGUUGUCCCGUCCAACUUCGUUGGCCACCUACAGGGACUGACGGUCAACGGGGUGCCCUACCUUGACCAGUGCAAAAACGGUGACAUCUCCUACUGUGAGCUCAACGCCCGCUUCGGCAUGCGCCACAUUAUCGCCGACCCCGUAACCUUCAGGAGCAAAGGAAGUUACCUGGCACUAGCUACACUGCAGGCGUACGCCUCCAUGCACCUGUUCUUCCAGUUCAAGACCACCAGCUCUGAUGGCCUGAUUCUCUACAACAGUGGAGAUGGAAGUGAUUUCAUUGUAGUGGAGCUGGUUAAAGGGUAUAUCCACUACGUCUUCGACCUGGGCAAUGGACCCUCUCUGAUGAAAGGCAACUCAGACAAGCCGCUGAAUGACAACCAGUGGCACAACGUGGUGGUUUCCCGUGACACUAACAACAUGCACACACUGAAAAUCGACUCCCACACCGUCACCCAGCACUCCAACGGAGCCCGCAAUCUGGACCUUAAAGGAGAGCUGUAUAUAGGUGGUGUGGGGAAGACGAUGUAUAACAGUCUGCCCAAGCUGAUUGCAUCCCGGGACGGCUACCAGGGCUGCCUGGCGUCCGUGGACCUGAACGGGAGGCUGCCAGACCUGAUUGCAGACGCCCUCCACAGGGUGGGCCAGGUGGACAGAGGAUGCGACGGACCCAGCACCACCUGCACGGAGGACUCCUGCCAUAAUCAGGGGGUGUGUCUGCAGCAGUGGGAGGGCUUCUCGUGCGACUGUAGCAUGACGUCCUAUGGGGGCUCGUACUGCAGCGAUCCUGGGACUACCUACAUCUUUGGCCGUGGAGGAGCCCUCAUCACCUACACAUGGCCUCCCAAUGACAGGCCUAGUACACGGGCAGACCGACUGGCUGUAGGCUUUAGCACACAACUUAAAGAAGCCGUGCUGCUACGGGUGGAGAGCGCCAAAGGACUGGGAGACUACCUAGAGCUUCACAUAGAGCGGGGGAAGAUCGGCGUCAUCUUCAACGUGGGAACGGACGACAUCGCGAUCGAGGAGAACGGAGUGGUGGUCAGUGAUGGCAAAUAUCACGUGGUCCGCUUUACUAGAAGCGGCGGCAACGCAACACUGCAGGUGGACAACCAGCCCGUCAUCGAGCGCUUCCCAUCAGGUCGGCAAUUGACGAUCUUUAACAGCCAGGCAUUCAUAAAAAUCGGCGGUGGCGAAAAAGGCCGCAACUUCCAGGGUCAGAUCUCAGGCCUGUACUACAACGGCCUGCAGGUCCUAAAGCUAGCGGCGGAAGGAGACCCGAAUGUGCAAGUGCAGGGCAACCUGCGUCUGGUGGGCGAAGUGCCCUCGGUCCUCACCACAGACACCACGUCCACCACGCCACUUGCAGACAUGUCCACCACUAUUAUGGAGACCACCACCACCAUGGCCACCACCACCACCCGCAAGCAGCGCUCACCCACCAUGAGAGACACUGUCACACAGAACACAGAUGAUCUGUUAGUAGCAUCAGCAGAAUGUCCUAGUGAUGAUGAGGAUUUAGAGGAGUGUGAGCCUGGCGGAGGUGAAUUAGUGUUGCCCAUAAUAACCGUGGAUUCCCUAGACCCCCCUUCAGUCGCGACAAGGUACCCAGUUAUCCCUCCACCCCCUACCUACCAUCCCUUCCUCACACUGCUCGAGACCACAAAAGAGUCCAUGUCCCAUUCCAAUGGCCACGCGCCAUGUCCGAUGGACCAAGAGGACUGUGAGGAGGCCAUGGAGGUCUCGGCUUACGGCUCAGGUGAAAUGACCGAGUCAGAUGACGAGGACUAUUACAAAAACUCCCCCCUCGUAACAGAUCGAACCGUGCUUCCGCCUCCUCCGGCGGUAGCCGGAAACCCACAAGGUGAUCGACACUUUUCUCGCCAUCCUCCCAACUCCCAGCAGCCCCUGCUUCCAUCCACCCCCACGACCUCACCACGACUCAAACCCAAUAUCAACAGUGGCCCAAAUAUACCAGCGGGCAAAAUGAACACACGAGAUCAAGUCCUCCUGCCACCCGUCCAGCCUUCCGGGGAUCCCGAACAUGGCGGGCGGCACAGGCACAUUCCUGGUAUAACCAACCCUCCCAAUUUUCCCACUGCAGAGCCUUCAUCUCCUGACCGAGGACCUCCAGGAGCGGUGGAGGUGAUCCGGGAGUCCAGCAGCACCACAGGGAUGGUGGUGGGGAUUGUCGCAGCAGCUGCCUUGUGCAUCCUCAUACUCCUGUAUGCCAUGUACAAAUAUCGGAACAGAGAUGAAGGAUCUUAUCAAGUAGACCAGAGCCGCAACUACAUCAGUAAUUCAGCCACACAGAGCAAUGGGACAUUGGUGAAGGAGAAGCAGUCUGGUACAACCAAAACAGGCACCAAGAGCAAGAAGAACAAAGACAAGGAAUACUACGUCUGAGCUCAGGCCUGACAGGGACAGAGACAGAACAGAGAGAGAGAGUGAAAGAUAGAGAGAGGGAGGUGGAAUACUGAGGGAACAGGGACAGUUAAAGUUCUGCUUUUUGUUGGCAGUCAUAUUUCUCAUUCACCCUUCCAACUGUUGUUUCCAUUCCCAAACAAUCUCUAUGACAUUACAGAGAGCCAAAACACGAGAUUGAGAUUGCUUUCUUCCCUUCGACUUUUUGAUAAAUAUUCAUCAUAACUUUUGUACUGUUGGUAAAUUCACAGUGGAUUUGUUCCAUUGUAAAGAUUCCACACUCUUGCUUGCUCGUUGUAAAUACCAUGUUAGUCUUGGGUCUUCAGGAUCUUCAGGAUCACCUAAUCUCUUGUUGCAACACCAAUAUGUGCCAAGCCCAGAAGAUUCCCUCUUUGUGAAGACGUUCAGUAAGGCUAGCUAUACCUGAAGUAUUUCUAUGAGCCAAGUGAAGAAAAACCAAGUGAGUGUUGGAGAAAUGUUAGAAGGGAAAAACGUAAGCAUGAAAGUUGGAAAGUUGGUGAUAUAUGAGAGACAGUAAAGACCAGAUAUUUGUGCCAGUCCAAAUUACUGCCAAACCAUCUCAGUGUCAAAUCUGCCUCCCUUUCUGCUCCAAGUAUUCGUCUUCUUUCUCUCUCUUAUCUCAUUCAAUCUCUCUCUCUCUCUCUCUUUCUCUUUCCUUGUUUGGCUUGUACUCUAAUUCCUCUCCUUGUCUUCGGUGCUCAGGAGCUGAUGCAACAUAACUUCUGCUGUGUUUCAAGCAUGUAGUAUUCCUUAACGAAAAAGAGAUAAUACCUUGUUGAGUUUCUGUGGCGUUUUAAAAAAUUAUAUCAAAAAAUUCACGACAAGAUUAACCAUGGAAAUUUGAGAACUCGACACCCACGGGUGCUGAUUAGCCACCGAAACGCUCUGAGGCUAAACCCCUGGUUGUCCUUCAUUCCAGCAGAUAUCCGCCACUUGUUUAUGGGGUUUGAUGUUGAACCCUUUCAAAAGGUUAUGAAAUCAUAUACGAAGAACCAGAAACAGAAAAAGAAACAUCUCACAGCAGCAAAAUGACUUUGUUCCCUAGAAAUAUAUAUAUAUAUAUACACGUGUAUAGACGACUGAGCAACUCAAGGACAACCUAUGGAAAGGGAGUUAUUAGAUAUAUCCGUCCCCUGCUUUGAGGUGAUAACAGGUCGUCAGUGUGAGUCAGUUUCCUUCUUUACCUUGUGCAUUUCUGGAACAAGCCACAAUGCAACAUGUCCAUGAAAAGAAAAAAGAAAAAGAAAAAGAAAAACUACGGACAUAAAGGAAGUGCCGAAUCUAUGGACCGGAGUGCUUGAUUUUGUUUGGGGUUUUUUUUUUUUCAUCUUUCUUUUACAGUUUGUCAUAAACAAAAAGGGAAAAGACAUUUAUAGGAAAAUGUGCUGCAAGUCCCUGGUGUUUUGACAGUGGGGAAUGCGAAAGUUCAUAGCAGGUGACCAUGCUCUCAGUAUUGCUGCUGCAGCAAGUAGCAAGCAAAGACGGAAAGACUGUAUCAGUGUGAACUUUGAAAAAGAAAACGAAACACUUGGAGGAAAGUGGAUGUCUCAUUCUAUGAGGAUGUACAACUUGAACUUUAGUAUUCCAAUAUUCUCAGCUCUACUACAAGAACUAUGAAAAGAGAAAAUCUUCGAAAAAAAAAAAAAAAAAAAGUUUGUGAAAUGUCUAAAUAUUUGAAACUCAUCCCACUGCUACGAUUAAAAAAAAAAAAAAAAAAAGAUGUGUUUUCCCUACUGACAACCCCUGUUUGGAGAAAAAAAAAUUAUGAUCGGUGAUCUUGGGACGUAAAUUUUAUUUGUUGAACAGAGCUAAAUCUGGUUUAUAACACAAACAUUACCUUGAUAAAUUUCCUCUGCAUCACAAUGUCUCUUUUCAUUCAGAAUAUGUUUUAAUCCAUCAUCCAACAUGGCAGACCUUCAAGGUUCCACCAAAUUCUGUUUUUUUUUUUUUUUUCUUCAAAGCAUUAACAUGUAUGCGUGAGUGUGCAUGUGUGUGUGUGUGUGUGUGUGUGUGUGUGUGUGUGUGUGUAUUUCUCAACUCCUUCAUGAUUUUGCUCUCAUCUUUUAGUUGUACACCAUCACCAGAUAACCCACUCAAACCCCCCACCCUCACCCCCACCCUCACCCCUUCCCCCACCCCGAGUGCCCCCUGUUCUUUCUAAAUGUUCUUGUAAAGUGUUCCAGUGAGAUGACUCUAAAUAUGUGUAUAUUAACAGAAGGGAAUAAAAUUGGUUAUAUACUUCUUAUUCUUCUGUGUCAUGUCAUUAUUAAAACAAUGGUCCUAUUUGACAACGUGCAUAAAUAUAUUCUUAAAACUUUAAAACAGUUUUAAAAUGAUUCCGAUUCUUGACUAUAUGACUCGUAUGUAGUAUGUAUCACACUGCACAUAAUUAAAUAAAGCAAAAAUCCUUAAAAAGAAGUCUUGCUGAGGGAUGUGUAGGAUGCAAUACUCUUAUAUAGUACACUUGUGCCUCAGAGGCCUGUUUAGAAAUUUCCAUCUACAAAAAUGCUGUAAACACUAUGUUUGAUUCACUUCCUGUAGCCUGAGUUGACAAGUUCUGACAUAACUCAAUAUUCUGAGGUAUUUUAUUAAUGAAUCUCAACCUCAACGUAAGUAAUAACUGUAAUAAACUGAAAUCUAGUCAGAUUUCAGAGAUAAUUGAUUACUUUUUUCAAGAAAUUUACUAAGCUUUUAUGAGAAUAACUCAAAAUGAUGGACAUUGUAGAAAAGAGGACCGUGUCUUCAUCGGAGUAUAUAAAUGCUACAAAUAAAAAAAAUUAACCUACUUUCAAAAAAGACCAAUAAAAAAAAAUUGGUUUUCUUUCAAGCAAUUUCUCAGAA